CACUAGAGGCGACGGCUUAUGCUGUGCUGGCGCUUGUGAAGGACAAAGACUUUGAUAAAGCAGGAGAAGCAGUGCACUGGCUGUCCAGACAACAGACUUACUAUGGUGGUUAUGGCACCACACAGGUGACCAUCAUAGUAUUCCAGGCCGUGGCAGAGUAUCACACGCAGGUGAAGGACCAACAAAACUUCAACCUGAAUGUGGAGCUGUCCGUGGUAGGAAGAAGCAAACCUGUCAGAUGGACCAUUCAAAGAAAUAAUGUUCAUCUUACACGGUCAGACAGGGUGGAGAUAAACAAGGAGUUUAAUGUAACUGCUAGAGGAACUGGAAGAGCCACUCUAUCACUUCUGACACUGUACUACGCCCGACCUGUUGAGAAGAAAUCUGACUGUACUUUCUUUGAUCUGACUGUUAAAAUGGAGAAAUACAAUGAAAAAAAAAAAGGAACCAUUGCAAGCUACAACUUCACUAUGGAUUUCUCGUACAAAAAUGAUACGAUUGAUGCCACCAUGACUAUUCUGGAUAUUGGCUUACCGACUGGAUUCGAUGUUGAAGAAAAUGAUCUUAAAGAGUUGUCUAAAGGGAAGGAGAGAUACAUUCAGACAUAUGAAAAGAAUAAAGUUCUUUCAGAGCGAGGAUCCCUCAUCCUCUACUUAAAUAAGGUUUCUCAUAAAGAGAGAGAAACAAUUGCUUUCAGAAUGCACCAGACGCUUGAUGUGGGUCAGCUACAACCUGCUGCAGUCACAAUAUAUGAAUAUUACUCACCAGAUAAACGCUGUACAAAGUUCUACCACCCCAACAGGACAGAUGGUGCUCUAUACAGACUUUGUAAAGAAGACCUGUGCCAGUGUGCAGAAGAAAAGUGCACUUUCCAGAAGAAAAACAAUACCAGAGAAGAGGAGCGUUUAAAUAAAGCCUGUGAAGGUGGCAUGGAUUAUGUUUAUAAAGCCACAGUGUUGGGGAUGAACCAGACAAUGCACACUGACAUCUAUGACAUGAUGGUGGAGAAGGUGGUGAAAGAAGGCACUGAUGUAAAUGUUGAGGGGAAAGUGAGACCAUUUUUGGCUCGUCCAAGUUGCAGAAACCAUUUAGCAUUGAUAGAAGGCAAGUCGUACCUCAUCAUGGGCAGAUCUGUUGACCUGCCAGAGCUCGGGGGAAGCCUGCAGUAUGUUUUUGGAGAGCAGACCUGGGUUGAAUACUGGCCUACAAGAGAGGAAAGCCAAACUCCAGAACACAAGGAGCGAUACAUCGGUAUCUCUGACCUCCAGAACAGCCUCAUCAAUUUUGGAUGUUCUACAUAAUUAUAUAACUCCUAUUUGUUAGUCACAGAACGCUCUCAUUAAAUCUUAAAUAAUAUUGUUUGAGCCAAAUUACUUUUUUUUUUUUUUACAAUUUUGAAAAAUAAUUGACUAAACUUGAAAAUGUUCAUUUUAGAUGCCCGACUAAUUGAUUAUAGUGGGAUAAACAGUGCACUGUAAGCAUGUUCUGAUUAUUCUGAUGUUUUAUCACAAAUCCAACAUUAUAAUUAGCUUUGUGACAUUAAAAUGAUUGAAAUAUAA